CAUCAAGCAGUGAAGUGAAGCGGACGUGUUCUGUGCAGCCUCGAAUAGUUCUGGCAUAUCCAGUUGGCUUCAGCUUUUGAACGCAUUUUCCAUCUUCACGAACGCGCACCGAACGCAAGCGUCCCUUACUUAGGCGCAUUGAUCUGCAGAAGAAGCGAAGCGAAGCGUUCAACGAUCGUAAAAUGGCGGCAGGAAAAGCGGGAAAGGAUUCGGGCAAAGCCAAGGCCAAAGCAGUGUCGCGUUCGGCGCGUGCCGGAUUGCAGUUUCCCGUCGGCAGAAUGCAUCGCCAUCUGAAGCAUCGCACCACCAACCACGGACGCGUCGGAGCGACGGCUGCCGUCUAUUCGGCGGCCAUUCUGGAAUACCUGACCGCUGAGGUGCUCGAGCUGGCUGGGAACGCGUCGAAGGAUCUGAAAGUGAAGCGCAUCACACCGCGUCAUCUACAGCUUGCCAUUCGCGGAGACGAGGAGCUCGACGGCUUGAUUAAGGCAACCAUCGCUGGCGGCGGCGUUAUUCCACACAUUCACAAAUCCUUGAUCGGCAAGAAGGGUGGCCCGGAGUAAAUUUUCCCGCGCGAUUCUAGUUCUUUUAAGAUGUGUGUAUGCAUUAUUUACAAUUUUAUUUUUUGUUAUUAAGCGGUAACCACUUCGGAUCUGACGUUUGACAGUACCGAAUUUGGCGCCAGAACUAAGCGUUGGUAAAAUGUCAAUAAAUUCCCCCUUCAAUAGAGUGUAAAAA